AUGGCACAGUAUUUUGUACGGAAAGAAACUGCUGGAUCAAUUUUUUACAGAGUUACUGGUUUGCUGCGCUCUGGUCAGAUGACGUGGAAAGACAGACCUCUCUGGUAUGAUGUGUAUGUAGCUAAUCCCCCCCAACAUGAGCCUUCAUCAAAUUCAUAUUUUCCUGCUCAAAAAGAAGCCAUCAGGAAAAUAUAUUAUCAGGAGGAUAUUGCAAUAGCACGAUUUUAUAAGCAAUUUCGGUCAGUUGGGGCCAUUAACAUCAGUAAUGAAGAAUCCGAAUCACUGUGUCAGAAAUUCAUCGACCUGUAUGUAACAGUGGAGAAAACAUGGCCCGAAAUGAAUGAAAACCAACACUAUGAAAGAGCUUUGGUAAUGCUUAAUGAUAAUCUCAAAAAACAAGUAAAUACUGCUCAAAAACAAAAAAAGUGA